AUGGCAUCAGUUUCGGCUUUCCCCUUGAUGUCGGCUCAGCAGCAGGAGAUCGAAAAGACUUGGUACCACGCCAUGAUCCAGAUUGCAAGUGGUGCUGCCGGAGGCACCGAGAUUGUUCUCCCAUCCGACCUCAGAAACCGUCUCGGCGACGAUGGUGUCGCCGCUAUUGCUCAGCGCUGCAGCAAUGCGCAGGUCGAGGUCAAGGAUGACGCCGCCAACGAUUCGAUUCGUAUCAACGUGCUGUCUCCUGGCUCGCACCAUCAGUCAGAUGCGACUGCCAUGUCGUCGCCUGGCUCUCCUGAAUCUUCUGAUUCUCCCAAGAAGGGCCCCAAAGUCAGCCGCCCUGCCAAUGCCUUCAUCCUUUAUCGCAAGCACCAUCACUCAGACAUCGUGGCUCGCAACCCUGGCCUUCACAACAAUGAGAUUUCAAAGAUUAUCGGCAAGAUGUGGCGUGAAGAGUCCGAGCCAGUCAAGAAGCAAUGGAAGGACAAGGCCGAGAACGUCAAGCGCCAGCACCUUCGCGACCACCCUGACUACCAAUACCAGCCUCGCAAGCCCCAUGAGAAGAAGCGCCGCAUGACCAAGCGCAAGGCCAUGGCUCUUGCUGCUCAGCAGAAUGCUCCUUCCACUUCUGCUUCUGCCUCUGCUGCCUCUGCACCUCUCAAUGCACACGUCCCUGCCGACGUUACUACCUUCUCGCCUACACCAUCUACUGUUGGCCCUUUCUCGUCUGUCACCUCUCCUGCUCAGAUUGUCGACCUCGCCAACUUCGACGACCCUACUCUCCAAUACUCGGCCGAUGGCGACCUUGCUGCCUUCACCCUCGACUCCUUCCAGCCUGGCCAGCUCGACCUCUUCACCGACCUCUUGGACGACCACAACACCGACAUGAUGUACGGUCCUACCACCGUCCGCGCUCCUGCUGCCUGCACAUCCAUCCCCACUGCCAUCAACAGCGCCAUGGCUGACGGCAAUGCUGGCGCCUCGCUCACCAACCCCACCCUCACCAGCAACGACCUCUCAAUGGCCCAGUCUGACUUGAAUAACUUCGAGUCUUCGCUUGAAGAGAUGCUGGCCCGUGAGCUUGAGACCAUGGAGGAGGAUGGCGGUCUUGGUGCUGCUGUCGAGAACGGCUUCCAGUACAACGACCUCGAGUCUCAGCGCUUCACAGAGUUCUUGGAGCAGAUGCCUGAGCACAUGUGGGGCAUGGAGUUCGUCAACUAG